AUGCCCGGCUCUCCCCGCAGCCCUAUGAAGAAACGAAUGGAGAAUGGUUUGGUGGAGUUGCGGACGGGAGCCAAGAACGACUCCCAACAAGUCCAAGGUCACGACUCCCAACCAGUCCACUCACCACCACAAGGUCACGACUCCAUCGACGGCGACGUGCUCCACCCGGGGAACAAGAAGCACGCAGGCGACGGUGUCCACUUGGAGGGUUCCAUCGUCCGCCGUCGACCGUCGUUCCUUCCUCCUCCCACUCCAGUUUUCAUCGACGCCGUCGACCGCACCAUUGAAAGCGGGGAGUGA